AUGCCUCGAUCAGGUGAAUAUUAUUUCAGUGAUGAACUUAUGAUAUUUAUUAAUGGUUUUGAAAAUUAUUUAGAAUCUAAUUUGAUUGCCAUUGGUCAUGAUUCUUCCAAAGAAGAUUUAGUAGUCAGAGUAGCUUCUGUUCCAUUAAAAUUAACAUGUCCAGAAUGCAAAUUUAAAGUAAUCACCAAAGUGCAGCAUCAAACAUCUAUGCUUACUCAUGCAAUUGCUGCAAUGUUAGUACCGUAA